AUGGGAGAAAACGGGCGCAAGAUUUUGGUUGCAGUCGAUGAUGGCGAGGAGAGCAGCUACGCACUGUCAUGGUGUAUCCAGAAUCUCCUCUCCGACAACCAUCAAAAUUACAAAGAUACCCUCAUCCUCCUCUUCGCCAAAAGGCCUCUACCUGUCUACUCAGGCAUUGGACAUGAUAUUUCCCCGACUGUAAUUGCUAGCGGGGAAAAGUACGCAAACGAAGUGGCGGAAAAGGUCAUGGGCAAGGCCACACAAAUUUGCAAAGAUUUUAAUGACCAGAUUACGGUGGAGACGAUGGCGGAGCACGGUGAUCCAAGGGAUGUGAUAUGUGAUGUGGCUGAGAGGUUGAAGGUUGACUUUUUGGUCGUCGGUAGCCGUGACUAUGGUCCUCUUAAGAGGUGCCCCUUUCUCGCCCUUUAUAGCUACCAUUUGUAUUGUGAAAUGUAUCAUGCAUUUUAA